GGCAGCCUUGUAGAUCAAGUAGUGAUUAGGGCUGAGAGAACAUGGCAGGAGUAUAAUUUUUCACAGGGUAUAAUGUGUAUUUUUACUGUCAAUAUGUGCUUUGUGGAUAGUUAACAGCGGAAACUAACGGAGUAACUUAAACAAGGGACAUCUCCAGAAACUAUCUAUAAUAAUUUGUGUUUUUAAUUAAGUGUUUUGGAUCUGGCAGUCAUCAAAACAUGAUGUGAGGAACAAGUGUCUAAAUGAGAAGCGAAGGAGAGAGCAGGAGAAUAUUUACAUUGAGGAACUUGCCGAGUUGAUCUCUGCAAGUGUGCCGGACAUGAGUGCCUUCUCUAAACCUGAUAAGUGUGCAAUACUGCAGGAGACGGUCAACACAAUCCAGCAGAUUAGUAAAGAAGAAAUCGGUUCUAGUGAAGCCGUACAACAAAGUCAGGUAUCCUCAAGUAAACCUUCUAUACUGGCCAACGACCUGCUCGGACCUUUGCUUCUUGAGGCACUUGAUGGUUUUUUAUUUGUGGUAAAUAGUCAAGGAAAGGUUGAUUUUGUAUCUGAAAAUGUUAAAGAUUAUUUAAAAUACAACCAGGAUGAUCUAGUUGGAAAGAGUAUAUAUAAUAUAAUACAUGUUGGUGAUCAUGCCCAGUUCAGUAAUAAUUUAUUACCCAUGUCAUUGGGUAAUAAUUUAAGAUUUUCCAAUGAAAAUUCAGUUAAUAAUAAAGCCAAGAAUUUUAACUGUAGAAUGCUUAUAAAACCCCCAAGUGAUGAAGAUAACGAUAUUGAAUUAAAAUCCUACGUGUGGCAAUAUGAAAGCAUGCAGAUUACAGCCGUAUUACAACCAUAUUUAGGUGAAAAAUUCUCGGAAUCAUAUGGUGAAUCAGAAAAUCAGACGUGUUUAGUUUGCAUCUCACGUCUACUGCCUUUAACUGAGAAGGCCAACAUGAUGAUAGGUAUCGAACAAUUUACUACAAAACAAGAUCUUAGUGGAAAAAUACUUGCUUAUGACUCUAGAAGCCUGGCUAAUAAUCAUCGUAUUGCACUAGAGUUUGUUGGACAACCAAUUCAAGAAUUUUGUCAUGCCAAUGAUAUUCAACAGUUAAAUAAACAUUUUCAAGAAGUGCGAAAGAAUGGCAGUAACACAAGUAGUGUGUAUCGGUUUAAAUUAUUAGAAGGAAAAUAUGUUUUUGUUCAGACUAAGAGUAAACUGUUCAGUAAUCCAAUCUCUAAUGAAGCUGAAUUUGUAAUGUCAACACAUUCCAUUAUUAGAGAAUGUGAUUCAGAAGUUGAAUUAAAAGGCUCAGCAUCCACCAGUUUAAUGAAGUCAAUAAUAGGACCUUCUGGCUCUAGUAACCGUGGAAACAAUAUGUCGUCCGGUCUCUCUUCAUCGCUACCUAUGGGCGUUCUAGGUGGACAGAAUAAUUUUAUGAGCCCACAAUCUUCGAGUAAAAUGAAUAUAAGUGACACUAUGAGUGAUUUUGACUUUUUGAACUCCAAUAAUUGGGAUAGUGUGUUCGGUUCGGAGGGAUCUAGUGAUUUGUUGAAUAGUUUAACGAACGUUUCCACGUCUGGAAGUAGUCCCGUCACGUCCAAUCCCUGGCAAGGACUACCGAAAAUGUCACCUAAUAGUUCCAUACUGAACACUAUGCCUAGUCCUGGCGGCAGUAAUAAUGGCCUUGGGAAUAAAAAACCUUCAGCCCUUAAUUUUACACAACGAAAUAACUCGCUGUCCUUCGACGGACAGACGAGUCCUGGAUAUCCAGUCAGUCCAGGACCACGGAGUAGUAGUUUUCAAGUGCCGUCUGGUCGUCUACCAGGGUAUCCGGGACAGAGGAGUCCGGGAUCAGCAGGACAAAUGAGGGCUCAGUAUCAUAUGGCUGGACAACAGAAGAAGAAUCCAAUGAUGUCUCCACCAGCUACAGCCUCAUCGUGGGGUCGAAGUUUAAGCCAAGAUUUACAACCCGUUUCCAGUUCGGUUAGUUCACACAGUCCUCAUCGUCCUCUAGAACAUUCACUAUCAGCUGACUUGUCCCCUCGCUACGCAGACAAGAUCAAUUUUGAUACGUCUAACGGGGGUGGGGCUGGACGAACGGGAAAACUGUGUCAGCUACUUACUCAAGAUACCUCCUUUAACAAAUCAAGUGCAUUGUACAAGCAGCCGAAAAUAGCUCGGAGCGAGUCCGCUUCAUCAGCUCGCUCAUUUAUGGACCGUUUGGACUAUUCUCCUUUUGAAAGCAUUAGUCAGUCGCCUCAACCGGGCACGGGGCAGAGCUCGCCAGAAAAACCUCAGAGUACGUCGAACGAGGAUGGGGAGAGUGUUAACGGUAAACUUCGCGACGAGAAAAAGGACAAUUUAAUAUUAAAGAAGUUGUUGAGUCAGGAUGACGAUGGUGAAGGAGUGCCGUCAAUUAUGGAUCAAGAGGUCACAAGUUCACCUCAGACAUCCAAUAAGAAUGAUAACGAAGCCAACAUUGAUCUUGACAGGAAUGAAGCUGAGGCUAAAAAACCAUCCAACGCCAUUUUAAAGCAAUUAUUGAAUGACGAUAGUCCAGAUGGAGGAGAAGCGACUGGAGAAGAAGAAGAAGUGGAAGAAACAGGUGAUUCCAAAAAAGUUCCAAGUGAACUUCUCCAGAAAUUAUUACAAGAAGAAGAGAAUAGUAUGUUAACUCCAGGGGAAACAACCAUUAGAGAGGCAGACAGUGGAUCAAGAUCACGGCAUCAGUCAGGUCACCAGGAUCUCCAACCCUCAUCCUCUUCCCAGCCAAAUCCUUCCCAGCAACAUCCAUUGAUGGAUGAAUCUAUAUUACGGAUGUUCAACAGCAACAAUAAGAAAUCUGCUACUGAUGCCAACCUCAUGCAGAAUAAAACCCUAGACAGUUUGUUAAAUUCGUUGUGGGAGCGCGAUUCGAAUACCAAUACAACACGCGAGAUGGAAAUGAGGCUCCGUGUACAAAAGAAAAGAAAGGCAUCGGCAUCCGAUGUGGAUAGCACUGACAUGUCCGACACGGAACCGAGUCAGAGUCGUCUAUCCCAGAAAAAUGCUCUCCUGGCUCAAUUGUUGUCGAAAAAAGCUGCGAAGGAAAAUAUGGUUUUAAGUACCCAGCAGACGGUAAAGCCGACCUUGGUUCCCCAAAGUAGAAUUCCCAAAAAUAUAAUUGAGCGUCUGAUACAGGUGAAGAACGAGAAUAAGGAUAAGGAGGGUAACAUGCCGAACCCACGGGAUAAUCCACAGACUAAUCCAAAUAUUCCCUUCCCAGGUAACACCAAGCCUAAUCAGAGUUACCCGCCCUUUAGUGAAUCCAGUCAAGAUUCGUUCCUGAACUCGAAUUACGAAAGUGAGAACAGCCAGCUCGACGCCAUCCAGCAGUUGUUGAACCAAUCGGAAUCAAUGGAGGUCGAUAAUAACGGUGACACCAGCGACCCUCUACUACAACAAAUCCUACAGCAGGCUGCUGACUUGGAACAAGAUAUAAGUUUUAACAGCAACAGUUCCAAUCCACAACAACAACAACAACACCAACAACAACCGUCUCAACAACAACCCCAUACUCAACAACAACAACAACAACAACAACAGCAUCAUCAACAACCCUCAAAUCUUCCCUCAUACCCCUCAACAAACCCCCAUCACCAACAACAACAAACACCCCCCAAACAGUCGCAACCCCCUUCAACAAAUUCUACAGACGUGCCCUCCACUGAUGACGCAGCACUCAUCAGCCAAUUAGAGCAGCUGAUAGGAGACUCUAAUAAUUGGUCUGAUAUUGAUAUUCUAUUAAGCAGCGCAAGUCAGAACCCGCCUGCCUAUAAUAGUCAAGAUGCUAGUGAUCAAAUGGCUAUUAACGCGAUUCAACGUCAGCUAAUGGGAGAAGACGUCAACAAUACUAACUUUAGUCAACCAAUGAUGUCCGAGCUCUUGAACAGACAGAUGGCAUCGCAAGCCCAGAAUCGUAUGAAUCAAAGUCUUGGUCAACAAGGUAUGGGUGGGUUACCUCCGGGUAUAGAUGGACAGUAUAAUCAUCAACAGGUGCCUAAUUGUUCUGGACUACCACCCGGAUACAACCCAGCGUUACAAGGGGUACCCGUGGGACAACAUGGGCCUCGCUUUUCACAACCACAGGGUGGUAUACCAGGACAGCCUCCAACACGUCAUAUGUUCCGUGGUAUGAAUCAGAGUGCUAUGGGAGCCCAGGUUCGCCAAUCUAUACUUCAACAACAAAAACAAAAACAGUUUGAGAAGCGACAACGUUUACAAGCUGUGGAACGACAGAGAUUACUACAACAACAACAUAUGAGGCAGUUUGGUCCACGAUUUCAAGCAAGUAAUAGUUUAGAUGGUAAUCAACCACCAUUUCCAGAGAAUUUAAAUGAACUAAUGAAUACAGGUCAUGCUCCUAAUGUGACAUUACCAGUUCAGAGAGGUCAAAGUUUACCAAGUCCAUUAUCUCCUCGUUACAACACAGGGAAUUUACAACCUCUUAGUCCCAUGUUACCUCCUUCCACUCCCCCCUCACAGUUAUCUCCCCACUUUAACGCCCCAUCGCAACAACAACAGUGGAAUAUGCGACCACAACAAACGGGCAUGACAGGACAAUAUAAUAUACAGCGUCACAGAUCUUUAUCUGGUGGUAAUAUACCCAACUCUGGUGUUGCUCCUCCACCUAGUGGUUUUACGCUACCAGAUACCCAGUUUACUGGUAAUCAGUCCAAGAUGGGUCUGCUGCCACAAUCACCUCAAAAUCAACAGUUGUAUGCCAGACAGAUGUUACAAAGACAGAUGAGUUUACCUCCAGGUCGGGGAUCUCCCAGAACCCCCCACAGUCCAUUUGGUAACAGUCCAGAUCCCAUGUUGAUGUCGCCUAACAGUACGAGUCGUCCACCCCCGCCUCCUCCUCCAGGACCCCAACAAGUCAGUCCACCUUACAGUCAGGGUGCUAUGUCCAGUGGUGGCUUCAACAACUCCCAACCCAUGUCGGCCCCUCCAAGUUAUUCAGCAACUCCUUUAUCAACAUCGGUCAGCUCUAAUAAUACCAGCCAAUCCUUCAAUGAUUUCGACUUGUCUAAUUUUAUAGAUUCUCCAAUGUCUGGUCUAGAAAGUAAAAAGAGUAUGGAUAUGGUGCCUAAUUCAACAUCGCAGUACGUGAAGCAGGAAUUACGCAAUAUCUGUAACGCCCGGUCAGAGAAACAAUUACAGUCCCAACAGUUACAACUACCACAUGAAGCUGGUUUAAGUUAUGAUACAGGAGGAGAAUUACCAUUAGAUAUUCUAGAAACAAUAAAUGAUAUGGCUAAAGAGCAUGGUGGAGGUGGGUUAGGGGAUUAUGAUGAUAUGAAAAAUGAAGAUGUAUUAUCGCAGUCAAGAAAUGAAGCCCGGAAACGUUACGAACAAUUCCGUGCCUUGUCUACACCAGAUCAAGAAGAUCCGGCAGCUAAAGCCACCAGUGUUUUUCGUAACCAAUUACUAACCAAUCAACAAUUAAAACAAGCGGUUAAACAAGGCGGAGGAAAACCCGAACAUAUCACAUCUGUUAAUGUUGUUCAAAAAGAACCAAGAACACCUAUAGACGAUAUAAAACCUGCUGAUCAGAAGAAUAGUUUGUUACAACAAUUACUAUCAGAAUGACGCCAUCUUACAUACUAGGGCAUGAAGGGAAAAAAAAUAUAUUCAUCUGGGCUUUCAAACGUUAAAAAAACAAUAAAAUAUAUUAUUUUUGUAAACAAAUCAAGUAGCUGAGAAAAAUUAUAAGUGCACUCUUUUUCAACGUCAGUGAAAAAAAUACUUUACAAGAAUGUGCACUUUAUAAAAAAAAUAGGUAAAAUGAAGAAGUAGAGAAAUUGACAAAAGUUAUUAAGUGAAUCAGUUGCUCAUUCUGUGUUUCGAGGUGGUGGUAGUGCCAUGUAACAGUGGCAAAUGACGUCAUUUAAACUUGUGAUGUGUGACAGUAGGAAAUGACACCAUUUACAGUUGUUACAGUGGCAAAUGACGUCAUUUACAGUCGUGACAUAUGAUGACUGACGUCAUUUACAGUGGCAAAUGGCAUCAUUUACAGUCGUGACGUCGUGUGACAGUGGCAAAAGUGUGAUCUCAUUUAGAAGUGAAAUUUUGUAUUCAAUCGUAGAAAACUGGGGCUGUAUGACACUCCAGGUAAUUUACUCAGGUUAAGAUUCGCGCCUUAAGAAAUGGAGAGCGGUCGGAGAAGAUAUAAAAGUGGAUUUUGAAACAGACACUAGAAGACGUUAUCCACGGUUUAUAAAUAUUAUUAUCAAGUUUGUUAUAAAUAUAUAUAAUUAUGUUAUUGUACAGAGAGAGAAAGAGUAUUUAGGCAUUUUAACUGCCAGUAGACUUAUGAAAUAUGGAGAUUGUGAUAAUAUUCAAAUUCAACAACAUAUGGAGACAUUGUUACUCAAUAACGCGAUAGUGACGUUGUUACUAAAAAAAUGGUGUCGUUGUUACCAAAUAACAAUGGUGACAUUGCUACUCAGCAAUACAAUGGUGACAUUAUUCGAUAACAGAAAGUUGAUUCAGCAACAAAACCGUGACAUUGUUAUUCAUUAGAUAGUGUUGUUAUUCAGUAACAUAAUAGUGACAUUGUUACUCAGUAACAUAUUAGUGUGUUAUUCAAGAGUGUUGUUAUUCAGUAACAAACUGGGGACAUUGUAAUUCAGUGACUCAGUAACAAACUGGGGACAUUGUUAUCCAGUGAUUUAGUAACAAACUGGGGACAUUGUUAUUCAGUAACAAACUGGGGACAUUGUUAUACAGUAAUUCAGUUACAAACUGGGGACAUUGUUAUACAGUAACAAACUGGGGACAUUGUUAUUCAGUAACAUAGAAGUGGUGUUGUUGAAAGUGCUAUAUGGGGACUUUUGUUGGAAUGUUAAUACAUGAGUGAACUAAAAUAGAAAAAAAUUAUUUACUGUGCGUUUGUUGAUUUGUGAAAGUAAAACGGUGAAUAAUUCUAAAGGGGAAAAAGGUGUAUAUAUCUAUAUAUAGUGAUUGUUUUUUUCGAGAAAAAGAAUUGGUCUUGACGGAACUUUUUUUUAAAAAAAAGUAAAAACGCUCACAGCAUGACCUUGACCUAUAUUGACCUAUAUAGAUAUAUGAAUAUAUAUAUUAUUGUUUAAAUUUCAGUGAUUGAAUAUGAAGUACGAUAUAUUUGAUUUCUGUGUUUUUAUUGAGUGAAAUAAUAAUUGUUGCAUAUUAUUCUGUGACUGUUCAAUGAUAAACUGACUUAUUAUUCUGUGAAUGUUCAAUGAUAAACUGACUUAUUAUUCUGUGAAUGUUCAAUGAUAAACUGACUUAUUAUUCUGUGAAUGUUUAAUGAUAAACUGACAUUCUGUGACUGUUCAGUGAUAAAUUGAUAUAUUAUUCUGUGAAUGUUGAAUGAUAAACUGACUUAUUAUUCUGUGAAUGUUCAAUGAUAAUAAAUUGACUUAUUAUUCUGGGACUGUUCAAUGAUAAUAAAUUGACUUAUUAUUCUGUGAAUGUUCAAUGAUAGUAAAUUGACUUAUUAUUCUGGGACUGUUCAAUGAUAAUAAAUUGACUUAUUACUAUACAUUCACCACAUUAUUAUCUAGCCUCGUUUUGUCUGCAUAUCACAGAAACACUAUUUUAGAAAUGUUAUUUUCAUUUUGGAUAAAAUUAUAGACAAGUUUUUAGGGAUAGGAUUUCUCUGACCCUAUCUUUAUGUAUCAUAUUUGAUGAUUUACUAAUAUUGUUAUAGAAAAUAAUGAGUUUCAGUUGAAUACAGUAGCAGAUUAAUAGAAUGAAAUGUAUUACUACAGAAUUAUGAUCUCUUGGAUUAUCCAUUGCAUUAAAGAUAGGGCAGGUAACUUCUUUUUUUAAGGCAUGAUUGUGUAGGUACUUUAGACACCCCCAUCAUCCUCUGAAAUCCUGUUUGGGGCAUUCUGGGUCAAGUCAUCCCCAAAAAUGAGAAAAGGUAAUCCUUACCCCAUUUCGUUUUUGCUGAAAAUUGGUUUACAUACUUGUUUUUUUUCUGCAAUGGUUGACAGUUCCUUAGAUAUGGCCUAUUCAUUUUGAUGGAUGCCAAUAUUCAGGGUAACGUAGCUCAGGUUAUUUUUGUAAAGAUAAUUCCACCAAGAAUUUUAUUUUGGAAAACAUGAAAUGGGGUUUAAUGUCCUACUUUAUGGACCAACUAAGCUAUUGAAGAUUUUUUUUAUUAUUUUGGACAAAAGGGUGUUUUAAAUUCUGCUUUUACAACCAAAAUAAGCAAGCAUAUAAACCGAAUUUGAAGGAGAUACUUUUGAUCUCGUCAGGUGAUUUGACACAGAUUGACCCAAAAGAUUAAAUGUGAGUAGUUAAUUACGAUACCAUGAAGGUAAAUAUCAUUUCUGGAAAAUCAUUUGAAAGGGGUGCGGCCUUCUCAUUAACAAAAUACAAAAAUCACCUUUAAACAAUCUCUCAAGUGCCUGAUUUCAUAAUACUCAGUGAAUAGCUUUUAACCAGCCAUUGUUGAUGCGAUUCCAUUCACUAUCAUGAUUAUCUGGCAGCAAGCACAUUGUCCCAAUUUUCAUCUUAAAAGUUCUAGCCUAAUGUAUUCUCUGGAUCAAUUUAUUUUCUCUGUAGGUGCGACAGAAAAUAUAUAUUAUGGUUCUCAACCAUUGCCUUGUCACAUAUAAAGGUCUUCGUUGUCUGUUUAUCUCUGUUCUAUUAAUAGAUAGGGACAUCCCUAAUCUAAUAAUAGAUAGGGUUCACCCCUGAUCUAAUAAUAGAUAGGGUUAUCCCAGAUCUAAUAAUAGAUAGGCUUCAUCUCUGAUUUAAUGAUAGUAGGGUUCAUCCCUGAUCUAAUGAUAGAAGGGGUUCAGCACUGAUCUAAUAAUAGAUAGGGUUAUCCCUGAUCUUAUAAUAGAAAGGGUUAUCCCUGAUCUAAUAAUAGAUCUAAUAUAAAAUACAGGGUGUUGUGGGCAGGGCUGUAAUAAUGUACUUGCUGUCAUUUAGAAGUCAAACUUACACAUUUAGAAGCAUAGAAUAAUAACCUUGUCUGUUAUAUGUAGAAAUUGUUGAACUUGUGAAUAGGAUUUACAUAUUUGUUAUUUGUACAUAACUGUGUAUAUAUUAUAUAGAUAUAUAUAAGAUGAUUGAUGUAUAAUGAGUAGCCAGUCUUGUAAAUCUGUGUUAGCUGUUCCUUUCUCCUCCCUCCUCUUAACACUCUUUUGUCAUACGGUUAUAAAUGUAAAUAUAGUAUUUGUUAAACCGUUAUAUCUGCAGUGCAGUGAGCUAAACAACUUGCUUUAAGGUUUCUGUUUUUGUUGUGGCAGCCAUUUUGUUUGGAUUAAAAAAACAGGUAAAGAAACUUGAUAUUGCAGGUUUGUUAGGUAGUCAUGGCAACAUUUUCAUCAUUUUGUCUAAUUUGUUAAGUUUAUUUGUUUUGAAUGAGAUUUGAAUGUUUAAUUAAGAAAUGUUAUUUUUUAAUGAACGACUUGAGCCUCUUUAUUUAUACUUUUAUCUUGAUGGUGAGCAUAUCUUAACAAGUCUUAAACAAUCUUUGUAUGUAUAGAGUUAGAUACUUAGGCCAGAUUAAUUUUAUUUUUAGUUCUUUGGGGUCCUCCCUGUUCAAUAAAUAACCCACUCAAUUUUUGUGCAAAGAGCAACAAAGUUCUUUUUUUAAAUUAGGUUCUGUUUCCUGAAGAAAUUGGAGACAGAUAGGUGUUCCCGAAGUACAGCAAGGGUUGGAAGGCUGAUUGGUUAGCGUGUGCACGCUGUAUCGUAAGGUCUGUCAUUGAGUCAACUGGCGUGGUUUUGAUUCCCCAGUUGUAUGUGACAACCUCAUGGGUUUUCUCCCGGUCCUCCUCCGGUUUCCUCCCUCUGCUAACGACCCCUACGCAAAUUAUUGAAAUAAAAUUGAACCAUAUGUUAGUCCCGAAAUGACCUACUAGUUUGUGUCGAGUGGACUUUGAACCCCAUUUCUCUCUCUCUAUGAAGAAAUCGCAGAUCGAUAGGUGUUCCCAAAGAACAGAAAGUGAAAUUCGUGUGGCCUUGAUGUAUAUUAACCUGAAAAGAAAUAUUCAUAGGUCGAUAUAGGAUAAUUGAAUGCUAAGUAAAGAUUAGCUGUGAAUGGGAAGUGGUAUCAGAUGUUAAAGAAAGAGUCAAUCUGAUUAAAAUACAGAUCUAUAUUUCGUUUUUUUUUUUAUACUUUCGAUGGCCUACGCUACAUGAAGAUCCGACCGGUUGUAGCGAUAGAUCGCGUCAGAGGUCAAAUGAGCGGCUUUUGACCCUAUGAAGUCAGACAUUUGAUUAACCAAUCACCAUUGAUGAUUCUAGUGGAUUACCCACAGUUCCGUGCAAGACACGUCUAAAGCUCGCCGUAACAGACUGUUUCAUUGGCUAAUCCCUCACAUUAUCCAGAACACGUGUUAAAUAACAACUCUGUCAGAUCCUAGUGUAGUUGAAGACAAGUAAAACCAAAUUUUGAACUAUAAUAAACGAAACGAAAUAGGGUCUGUAUUUUAAUCAGAUUGAGAAAGAGUAAAAGUGUUAAUUCACCAUUUAGUUUAUUGUUUAUUUCUUCUUUGAGAAUACAUCUGUGUUAGAUUUUUAAGAGACAGUUGCCAUAUUCUCUCCUUAUUUCUAUCAUCUGUCUUCUCUUCUAUCUUCUUUAAAGCUGUUGAUCGUCAUUUAACGGGGAGCCACGGUGGCUCAGUGAGUAAGAUGUUGGCUCGCUAACCUGGAGGUCCUGUGUUCGAUCCCUGCGUUGGCCGACAAAGUUCAUCAGGAGUUUUCGGCUUGGUUCCUGCUUAUCAGUGGUCCAGUCGGAGAGAGCCCGGCAAGGUGCAAGGUAUAGUCAUUCGGAUAUGACGUAAAACCAAGGUCUUUUGUAUGGAAUUCUAUAUAAGAGUAGGUCUGUCAUUGAGUCAACUAGCGUGAUUUCAAUUCCACGGUUGUAUGUGACAAGGAGUAGGAUCGCCUCGCCAACCUCGUGGGUUUUCACCGGGUCCUCUGGUUUCCUCCCACUGCUAAAGACCCCUACGCGCAAGCGGAUUAUUGAAAUAAAAUUGAACCAUGUGUUAGUCCCAAAAUGACCUAGUUUGUGUCGAGUGGACCUUACACCCCAUUUCUCUCUCUCAAUAUUACAAAAAUAUGUUGGAUUAAAAAAUUAAACAUUGUCAGAAGAAUACAAAUGUAAAUCUGAUCAUCAACAGCUUUGAGAAAUUUCCUUCUUAGAAUUCUUCUUUUCUUAACAUGGCUCGUGUUAAUUGAUAAAUUAGAGUUGAUUAAAUGUAUGAAGAAUGUUACUAUGACAACUAUUAAUACAACUUGUCGGUAUUGUACAGCAUGAUAUAAUUGUCACAUGUAAUUAUUAACAAACUAAGCCAAUUGUAAAAACAAAGUAAAUCAUUAUAGCAACAAUCAAGCCUUGACAUAAAUUACCUGCCACGGUCAUUGUCAGGCAGGAAUUAUCACACAACGUAUAUCAGGUUCUGUAUGCGUAGGCUUAUAUUUAUACGUUGAGAGGGGGGGUGGAUGGCCGAAUGGUUAGUAGUGCGCUCUGUAUCAUUAGGCCUGUCAUUGAGUCAACUGGCGUGGUUUCGAAUCCCCAGUUGUACGUGACAAGGAGUAGGGUCGCCUGUCCAACCUUGUGGGUUUUCUCCGGGACCUACAGUUUCCUCCUACUGCUAAACACCCCUACGCGCCAGCGAAUUAUUGAAAUAAAAUUGAACCAUGUGUUAGUCCCGAAAUGACCUAGUUUGUGUUGAGUGGACGUUAAACCCCAUUUCUCUAUCUCUCUUACACGUUGAGUGAUAAUUUGUAUUGGACAAAGUCUGUGACAGGUGCCUUAUGUCCGGGCUUGGCCACAAUGCGGAAUUUUAUAGAGCUAUAUUUGAAUUUGUUUCUCAUCGUUUAGGGAAAGCAAGGAACUAUUAAAUUGGGUUCUUUCAUCUGUCGGUCACACCUUUUGGAACACAAUAACUCUGCGUUAAAUUGGUGUAGAUGUUCAUUUGUUAAUACCUCGACUGGGUUUGAUGAAGAAUAUUGGCCACUUAGGUAUUUUAAUUUGUCAAUGCUUUGGAAAACGAUCAAUUUGAUUCAGAUUGAAAGUGUUAAGUUUAAUAAUGAUCAUUUAAUAAGCAGGGUGAAGAGCAGUUUGAUUGCUCAAUGCUUUAAAAAAAGAUCAAUGAAAUAUAUCUAUUUUGGGAUUAAGGCGGGGAACAUUGGUCUCGCUGUAAGAUUUAGAUAAAAGUGUUGUCCAUUUUUGCUAUAAUAGUUCACCGUUGGCUUGCUUCAUUUAUAAUUUCAUGUACACGUAAUAAUUUCAUGGAUUACAGUAAUGUUGUUGCUCUUAAAAAGUGCUAAAAGACUUGUUACAUGUUGUUCGAAUUACACCUUAUUGAAAUAUAGUCAGGUACACAAUAUACUGUGUCUGAUAGACUCAUACAGUCAGUGUAGCCUUUCACUACAAGACUGUUUUACUCACAGGAAUGGAAGCUGAAAUAAUAGAUUUUCAUCUUAAUAAAAAUCUCUCCCACAAAUAUGAAUUAAUACUGGUUGGUUUAAAGCAUCAGGUGGGGAUGUCCGUCUGGAUGGAUAAUUCUUAAUAAUAUUAAUAGUCUUCUUUGAGCCGCAUUUAGCAAUUGACACACAUAAUAAACACAAAAACAUACUAUGGAACACAAUUACUAUUUUAAUUUUAGCAACGUUUUAUUGAGAGAAGCAAACCCUCAACAAGUAGUAGCUUUAAUUAAAAUAGUAAUAGUUUUUGUGUUUAUUAAUAUUCAUAUUGAUAUUAAUUUUGAUGUUGAUUGGACAAUUAAAAAAGGUUCAUCCAUUUAAUUUGACAAUUAAAAAAAUGAGUCAUCCAUUUAAUUGGACAAUUCAAAAAUGAUUUAUCCAGUUCAUUGGACAAUUCAAAAAUGCUUCAUCCAGUUCAUUGGACAAUUCAAAAUGUUUUAUCCAGUUCAUUGGACAGUUUUUCAUCCAUUUAGAUAUCAGUAAGAAUUGUCUCUUCCUGGCAUGACAUGCUUACUAGUUGAUUGAGGUCUUAGUAUUAAUAUUUUUGUAAGAGAGAGAUGAUUUAAUUAAGAAGAAGGACUUAUUAUAUUGUUCUCAGCCUGUGGUUGUGUCAUAUACUGAUAUUACCAUUUUAAUGUUGUAAAUAAAUUGUCAUGGUCUUUGGCCAUUACAAGUGAUCUGUUAUUAUCAUGAAUUAAUUGGCCGCGCUAUGUCAUGUAGCCUAUACACAAAUACAUAUAUAAAAUCUAUACAAAUUAAA